GCCUCUGGUUGGUUGAUUGCUCCGUCCCCCGACAUCAUUUUGCUGGGAACGGGGGGGCGACUGCACGUCAAAUAUUCAGCGUCACAGACCCGUGCUCCUCCUGCACUUGACUUUCUUUCGAAGCUCCCGUCCCUUCUCACCCACCCACACACACUCUCUCUCUUCACAAACCAACAACACCACCCCGCCCAGAGACGCACCAAUACCUACAACGCACACCUAAGAACGCUGCCAACACACUGUCGAUUGAUUCACCCGCCAUAAACCACCCACCGCCGAACAAACCCCGGAUAUCAGCAUGUUUUCGCGAGGGCUCAGAGUCGCCUCCAGGCGGGCACUUGCCACACCUAUCCGGCCCGCUGUCGCCAGCGCCCCCAGGCAGCUCGCACCCGCCGUCUCCGUCGGCGCAACCCGCUCUUACCACGAGAAGGUCAUUGACCACUACUCCCGGCCGCGAAAUGUCGGCUCGUUGAGCAAGAAUGAUAUCGAUGUCGGCACCGGGCUCGUCGGAGCACCGGCUUGCGGCGAUGUCAUGAAGAUCCAGAUCCGUGUCGACCCCAACUCAAACACAAUCUCCGACGUCAAGUUCAAGACCUUCGGCUGCGGGAGUGCCAUCGCCUCAUCAUCCUACCUCACCGAGCUUGUCCGGGGAAUGUCGCUUGACAAGGCCUCCCAGAUCAAGAACACAGACAUUGCUAGGGAGCUCUGCCUGCCCCCUGUCAAGCUGCACUGCAGUAUGCUCGCCGAGGACGGCAUCAAGGCCGCCAUCUCCGACUACUACACCAAGAACCCCAAUGUGAAGCAGACAAACCUUGGCGGCACUGGCAUGAAGAUCCCCGAGGUCGACGGUGCAUCUGCCCCGGCAGCCGCCACUGCUUAGAUUGAGGACGGCCGGGUCGGUGGGGAGUAGGGAGAGAAUGGUUACUGAAAAUCUUUAUGCAUACGAGUGCAGCAAUGGUUUCCGAUGGCGUUCAGGGGGGGUUCUCGGGCUGGAGUUUUCUCGACAACACACAUACCAAAUGAUAGGGAAGGUGGAAGAUCGUUUGCUGAGGGCAUGUAUCGUCAUUGAUCGGGCAUAAGAAGUUGAUGCAGGUUUGAAAAAUUCACUAGCGGUUUGACAGACUUGGGGGUUUCUGCGUGGGACGCAGGCGUGUCUAUUCCGACGAACCGAGUCUCACUCGACAAUCUUUUUUACACGGGCAGUCAAGUUUAUCCACUUGAUCUGUCGAAACUUGUAAAAUAGUGUCUGAAGUAGACAACAAAAAACGACGAUUUAUUGUCAUGUUGCCUUGCCUUGCCUUGCCCGUCGCUUGCGCCCAAGACCAGCUGAUCAGCCAAACUCGAUCGUGAGCGCGUGCUGACUGCGAGUGGCUGACUCGAAUCAUCGCCGAUGUUGAGAACAUGUCAGUGCCUUCGUCCCAGCAUCCGAGAUGCUGCUUACCGGGCCGACGACCUUUGAUUAUAACCCCC